AUGUGUGUAGAAAAACCUUAUGAAUGUAAUCAGUGUGGUAAAGCCUUUGCAAGAUCCAGUUAUCUCAAGUGUCAUAAAAGAACACAUACUGGAGAGAAGCCUUAUGAAUGUAAUGUAUGUGGUAAAGCUUUUACAGUAGCCAGUAAUCUUCAAUAUCAUAAAAGAACACAUACUGGAGAGAAACCUUAUGAAUGCAAUCAAUGUGGUAAAUCCUUUACAGUAGCCAGGAAUCUUCAAUAUCAUAAAAGAACACAUACCGGAGAGAAACCUUAUGAAUGUAAUCAGUGUGGUAAAACCUUUACAGCAUCCAGUAAUCUUAAAUAUCAUAAAAGAACACAUACUGGAGAGAAACCUUAUGAAUGUAAUCAAUGUGGUAAAGCCUUUGCAGUUCAGUGUAAUCUCAAAAGACAUAAAAGAACACAUACUGGAGAGAAACCUUACAAAUGUAAUCAAUGUGGUAAAGCCUUUACAGCAUCCAGUAAUCUUAAAUAUCAUAAAAGAACACAUGCCACACAUUAA